AUGCCGCUGCCUUCCUUAAUAGAACUUUGCCAGCAACUGAGGAAGAAGUUGCAGCUUAAGGGGACAGAGAUCCUAGAGAUGAUCGGAAGCUCCGGUGAGAAGCUGUGCCUUCGCAAGUACGAUUUGCAAGACCCGCAGAAGCUGAUCCAGUUUCUCCUUGAUGCAAAGAUUGGAUUAAUUCGCUUGGAGUACUUGGAAGAGCUGCUUUCCACAGGCCGAAGGCUUCCUCGCAGACAAGAAGCUGAUGGCGAAGUCACGGCUGCAGGCCUUCCGGCACUUGUUUUACCAUCGGAGCUGCAGAAGGUGGAGAUUGAUCCAAUUGGCAAUAUGAGCAUUUGUGUCAAAGAUCCCUCGCCACAUAGAGUGACUGUGGUGAUAGAGUCCAUCUCUCACGCUUGGGAGAGCAUGGAGCAUCCAGAUCCGCAUGGGUUUCAACUGGACCAGAUCAUCCAGAUGUGUCCUCCUGUCACCUCCACUCGUUCAGUUUGGCUGUUCUAUGAUUUCACUUCCUUGUAUCAGUACGGUGGCCGAACUCCACAACAGAAAAGGUACUUCAAGCAGGCUUUGGACCAGAUGCACACCCUCUACGCCCAUGAAGCCAUCAAAGUCCGAAUUCUGGACGAGCUCACUCCUGAGACGUGGAAACAUCCAGGAACGGUGAUGGCUUUCUCGGAUCAGGCAGGCGGUGUCAUUGCCGUCUCCAUUGACCAGCUUACAGCGAAUAGCAUCCCUUACCUGCUGAGAGGGUGGUGCCAAGCUGAACGCCAAUGGUCCCGGCUUCGGAUCUCGUUAGAAGCCUGUGUUCCCAUGCCGCCAGACCUCUUCCGUCGCAAGAUGGAGGAACAGGGGCUUCGUUUCACCCACCAUGAUGACAAAGAGGCCGUGUUGAAGCUUCAAGCUCAGGUCUUCACAGAAAAAGUGCGGACCACUAAACAGCUGAUGGCAGAAAACUUGGAUGAAGAGGCUCUCAACACUCUUUGUGCCGCUUUGCCGUUCUAUGUCGACCUGGAUGAGAUUGUGGUGAAUGGCAACGUAUUGCCAAGGAAUGCAGCUGUGGCAGUUGCCAAUACCAAUGCUCGCUCCUUUCAGAUGGAGUCCUGCGGGCUCAAAGAUGAAGAUGUAGAGGUCAUUGUGGCCAGCUUGCUUCAUUGCAACAAGGUAGAGGAACUCAGGCUCGCGCGUAACGACAUCGGGCACAGAGGCCUCCAAGCCUUACGAGAGUUGAGGAAAGCGAAGCCGGAUUUGUACAUCGAUGUACAGCUCGAUGACCAAGAAGCACGAGAUGGAUAUUCUCUGAAUGCUUCCACCGAGAUGACCCCAGAAACGGCGAAUUAAGGCGCGGCGUCGGAGUUAGGUGC